GAAUUAGAGGCGGGAACUGGUUUUGGAGGUGGGGCCUAGCGUCCAUCUUUAAUGUACUGUAUUGAAGAGAUUGACGAGAAGAAAACAUUGAAAUUUGAAGUAAAGAAGGCUCGGUAAUCGCGGACUUGGCUACCAAAACAAAAAGAUAUACGAAAUUAAUAUAACUUACAGAAGUGAUAGGCGGUAUGAAGACAGUAUCAUAGCGAAGCCAUGGCUGAUAAAAGAAAACUCCAAGGUGAAAUAGAUCGAUGUUUGAAAAAAGUUGCAGAGGGUGUUGAGCAGUUCGAGGACAUCUGGCAAAAGUUGAUAAAUCUUGUGAUCCCUCAGUUACAUAAUGCAGCCAAUGCCAAUCAGAAGGAAAAGUAUGAGGCUGACCUCAAGAAAGAAAUUAAAAAGCUCCAGCGACUACGAGACCAGAUUAAGACGUGGGUGGCAUCCAACGAGAUCAAAGAUAAGAGGCAGUUAGUGGAGAACCGCAAACUUAUAGAGACGCAAAUGGAGCGGUUUAAAGUAGUGGAGAGGGAGACAAAGACUAAAGCUUACUCCAAGGAAGGGCUGGGUUUGGCCCAGAAAGUGGACCCCGCUCAGAAGGAGAAGGAGGAAACGGAACAGUGGCUAACGAAUACGAUAGACAACCUAAACAUGCAGGUGGACCAGUUUGAGAGUGAAGUGGAGUCCCUCUCUGUCCAGACGAAGAAAAAGAAGGGAGAUAAAGAUAAACAGGACCGCAUAGAGGAGCUGAAGAGGUUGAUCGAGCGGCACCGGUACCAUAUCCGUAUGCUGGAGACCAUCCUGCGAAUGCUUGACAAUGACUCGAUUCAGGUGGAUUCCAUCCAUAAGAUCAAAGACGACGUGGAGUACUACAUCGACUCCUCCCAGGACCCCGACUUCGAGGAGAAUGAGUUCCUCUAUGACGACCUGGACCUGGAUGAUAUCCCGGCGGCGCUGAUGGCCACUUCUCCUCAAGGUCAAUCCAACUUGGAGGAUGAAAUGUUCCUGCAGUCCAGCAGCACGCCCACCUCCACCACCUCCUCCUCGCCCAUCCCUCCAUCGCCCGCCACCGGCACCACGGAGAACUCUGAAGAGGAGAAGAAAAGAGGACGCUCCACCGACAGUGAAGUCAGUCAGUCGCCUGUGAAGAAUGGGAAUCCAUCGCAUUUGUCCUUCUCCUCCUCCUCCUCCUCUUCCUCUGGAUCCACCCCCUCUUCGGUCUCCAUGGCCACCGUUGUCGGGGGAGUGCCAGCCAUCUCCAGCGGCAGCAACCUCCUGGGCAGCUUCAGCAGCGCCGUGCAGCAGAAUCCUCCUCAGUCUCAAUCCCAGCAACCGCAGCAGCAGCAACCGCAGCAGCAGCAGCCGCAGGCCAAAACCCCCACCACCCCAGUGCCCAUCCCCUCCAACAGCACCCCUAGCCCCCCUAGCUUCCCCACACUCCCCAUCUCCACCACCCCGUCCCUGCCCAUCUCCAGUACCCCCGCCCCAGUCACGCCAAACUCCCUGCCCCAGGCGUCCUCGGGGCCUACCUCGACCUCCAGCCUGGGGCUCAGCCUGGGGCUGGGCUUGGGCUUGGGAAAGGGCGGUGUGACGGUGACCAGCAGCUCAGCUCAAAUGUCUGGCCUGGGUCUGUCGCCGAUGCCCGGGACCAUGAGCACCAUCGCGGGGCUGCUUUCCACCUCUAUGCCGGCGCCAUAUGCUCAGGCAGCUGCGGGCGGGGUGGGCAGCGCUCCCGGUGGUCCAGUGGGGAGUGGCGGCGGCGGCAGCACGGUCCCGUCGGGAGGCACGUCAGUGGUCGGGGGAGGAGGCGGCGGCUCAGGGGCGACCAGCAACGGCACGGGCUCGUCUCUGGGGCUCCUGGGGUCCAGCCCGGGACACGUAACCCUCAGUGGAGGCAUCCUGAGCCUGGUGCAGGGACAGACGCCCCUUCAGGCGGCGCCGCAGGUACCCCUCAGCCCUGUGGGGACUGCCCCAGGGUCGGUGUCCAGUCUGGGCAUGCUGGGGGGCAACGGAGGAAGUACAGGGGCAACAGGAGCUGGUAUCGGGGGUAAUGGAGCUCCCGCCAGACCACCCAGUGUUCUCAAACAGAAUGGAGGCACAAGUUACAGCGCUGUUGUAGCGGACAACACGCCGGACUCCACCCUCAGCAGCAGCAGCCAAUCACAAAGCAGCCAGCCCUCAUCUCUUAGUUCCUCGGGCAACCCAACGCUGGAUAAUGGCCCCAGUCUCCUGAGCUCCAUCACCCUUCCGCCCUCCUCACCGUCUCCCUCGUUCACGGACACCACGCCUGGCGGUGGGAGUCUUCUCAACGGCCCACACUCCUACACACCAAACUCUGAGGUUAUCAAGGCCCCUGAACCGUUGAGUUCUCUGGCCGCCAUGGCAAAGAGAGCCGCUCUGGGAACAGGACUUGAUGGAGAGAUUUCCUCCCUACAUCUCUCAGAGAGAGACAUAUUUUCAAGCUCCUCGGCCCCAAGCGGCCCCCCUGUGGUCCCCCAGCCGGCCGUCUCAGAGGUGAACCUGCCUCCGUCGUUAGGGGUGUGUCCCCUGGGUCCCACCCCCCUGUCCAAAGAGCAGCUCUACCAGCAGGCCAUGCAGGAGGCAGCGUGGACACACAUGCCUCACCCGUCCGACUCCGAGAGAAUCAGGCAAUACCUGAUGAGGAACCCGUGCCCCACCCUGCCCUUCCACCAUCAGGUUCCCCCCCACCACUCUGACUCCAUUGAGUUCUACCAGAGACUGUCCACUGAGACUCUCUUCUUCAUCUUCUACUACUUGGAGGGCACAAAAGCUCAGUAUUUGUCCGCUAAAGCUCUGAAGAAGCAGUCGUGGAGGUUCCACACCAAGUACAUGAUGUGGUUUCAGAGGCACGAGGAGCCGAAGACCAUCACUGACGAGUUUGAACAGGGCACAUACAUCUACUUUGACUAUGAGAAGUGGGGCCAGCGCAAGAAGGAGGGUUUCACGUUCGAGUACCGCUACCUGGAGGACCGGGACCUGCAGUGACAGUCAGAGGGGGGGUGGGGGAGGGCGGGGGAGAGGGUGGAGACGCAGAGUGCGGGAGAGAGCGAUGAGCUGGCCGCCAUGGAGAAUGUGCUGCUGUUGACAUUCCGAGAUUGAACUCCAUGCCGUGAUAAUGUUUGUUUUUUUUGUUUUAUUUUUUUAAAAGUCGGUGGUAAAGUAGGCCUUUAUCUUAAAGGGGAGGAGCACAAGAGAGGAGGGGGUCGAGUGCCUGUUUACAUACAAACAUUUGAACCUCUCUUUGCAGUCCUCUUGCCCACAACUUCUGUUUUUAUCUCAAACCCCAGCACCAUCAGAUGGCUUAACUACACAAAAACAAACUUCAAUUGGGAAAAAGAAAAAGAACGUACCACCACCAGUGUAAUUUGACAAUGGGCACUACCUGAGUCUGCGGAUGUUUUGUGAAAGCAUUUCUGUAGUUUCUCACGUAGGCCGCCCCACUGCCGGCACACCACAGGGCCUGUCCUGUGUCGAAGAGGACGAGAUGUUAAUUAAAUUGCUAUGCAAUUGAAUUCUACUCUGCCUCCUCUCUCUGUUUAAGAAAUAUGGAAGUACAGCAUAUAAAUAUGUAUUUAAAAAUUUCACCCUUGAGUCAACUCAGCGUUUUUUUUCCGCUGCUGCCUCUGAUUCUGAUUAGAGCAGUCGGCAUCCCAUUUCAAAAAGAGAAGAUCAAAUAAAACGACAAAUAAAAGCUAAAUAAAUUGGAUGCAGGAAGUUAUCCUUUUUCUCACUAACAGUGUGUAGGUUGUUUGUGGUUAAAAAAAAAAGUAUAUCUAUAUCUUUUUUUUUUUUUGUCAUGUGAAAAGCUUGGACAGUUUUGGACUAUGUAAAAAAACAAAAAAAAACUCCCACCCUUGUAUGCCAUUCUUUCAUUUUGGAAACAAACUUUCACAUAUUCCCUCUCAUUUGUCCAAAUAGGAGCACACUCACUUUACAGAGAAUCAUUGUUUCCCUUUUACUCGGUGUCCUAUGCGUUUAAAGCCUCCUCUUAGUUAAAAAGGUGUCCUCAGUGAGUUUUCUUAACUGCAUUUUCCUUCGUUUUUUUGGAGGGAAAACCCACAAUCUGUAUUUCAAAAAGAAACGUUAAGAAACUGUGUAGAAAUUUUAAAGAGAAAUUAUUUUUGGCUUAAGGAAGGAAAGGGCAGCUGACAGACAACAUGUGAAUUUCUCUCCAAAAAAUAAGUACAAAAUUAUGUAUAGAGUUGAUUUCUCAUCUUUGCUUUUUUGACACUGUCAGGAUAGCAUGUGACAUGCCAUUCAGUAAGCCUGAAAUGGAAAAAAGAGGAUUGUACAAUUUCAAUAAAAUACUUUUGUGAACAA